AUGUUCGUGAGUGUGAUGGUUGUAGAUUGGGUGCGUUUGCAAUUAGUCAAAUGCUGGAGUAUGAGAAGUUUCAAUGAAGAACAGCCACACAAUUUGGAAACGAACGAACGAUACGUCACAGCGGCACAUACAUUUAGGUUAUUGAAAUAUCCCCAAAUAAUUUAUGUCAUGAUGAAAAAACACGAAGUGUUAUCAGAAGAUCCUUCUUUCAACUUUAUGGUCAGUUUUGAGCUAUUCUAUGAGGUUGUUGAGGAUUCAGGUUUCAAUCCGUCUUAUUUAUUUACUUCAUUUUACGUGAUUGUAUAA